AUGGCUGCUGCUUCCGCUUCGCUCGAAAGACAGAAUGAAAAUCUGCCAUCCGUUUUGCAAUUAAUUACAAUGGAUGCCACGAGUCUGUUUAGGCGUCCAAUUCGUCAAACAAGCGAGAAAAAUGGGGUGAGGUUGUACCCGUACCGUGAGAUAAAAGCCUAUCCAAUAAUCAGCAAACGCGUGGGCCUAUUUCGAAUCCGGUUCGAGAAAUGCAUUCCCGGUUCAGCCAUCGGAAUAUAA